AUGGCCGGACUAUACCAUCUUGCGAGACUGAACGACAGAUGGUUCCGAUUGGACGAGCCCCUUGUCAGUGCAUUCGUGGAGCGGUGGCGUCCGGAGACGCACACAUUUCACAUGCCGUUCGGCGAGUGCACCAUCACACUUCAGGACGUCGCGUACCAGUUGGGGUUGUCAGUGGACGGACAUUAUGUCAAUGGUUGCCUGACAGACUUCCACAUAUACAUAGAGGGUGGCAGGCCAGCUUGGCAGUGGUUCCAUGAGUUGCUUGGUGUGUUACCUCCCAUGAACCAAAUACAAAAGUUCACAGUGAACUGUACCUGGUUCCAGGAGACUUUCACAGAGUGCAACGAGGGGGCAGAUGAGGAGACAGUCAGGCGCUAUGCCCGUGCCUAUAUCAUGAUAUUGUUGGGCACCCAGCUGUUUUCCAACAAGUCUGACAAUCGUAUUCAUAUCAGAUGGUUACCGUUUGUAGCUAGGCUUGAGGAGAUGGGUGGCUAUAGCUGGGGGUCGGCGGCACUAGCAUGGUUGUACCGGUGCAUGUGUCGAGUGGCCAACAGACAUGUAGUGAAGUUAGCUGGGCCGUUACAGUUACUUCAGUCUUGGAUCUUUUGGCGUUUUCCUGGUUUUAGGCCUGCUGGGUAUGAUGCGUUUAGCUGGCCCCUUGCAUCGAGGUGGUCAGGUUACAAUCAUGGGAUUAGUGAGAAGGGACCUCGGGUGCAGAUGGCUCGACUGAGGAUUGACUUGUUACAGGCUCGGGAUCACACCCGACGUCCUCCAGGUUGUCCAUCCAGAGGUCUUGGAGCCUCGGAAAAUGAUGUUAUGGCGGUGUGUCACGUCUCUGAUAUAUUUUGUGGUGGUUGA